UACUGUUCUAGGUUAGUGGAACAGUUGAGCCAAAGAGACGCCGUUAUGCAUCUUUAAAAUCGUUGUUUUCUGACACCGUUUUCUGAUAGUGACGGAUCAAUUGGAUACCAAAAAGGCCAGAAUAAGUCUACCUGUGUUACUGUGUUGCCAUGGAGAAGGCUUGGAGGGUGGAGUUUAGGAACGUGGGUAGUAGCUACAUCCCUCAGAGCCGCGUGGAGUGCCACUACAGUGUCAGCUCACAACAUACCUGGGCCAGCCAUGACUGGGUCGGACUCUUCAAGGUGGGAUGGUCGUCAGUGAAAGACUACCAUACUUUUGUCUGGGCCCUGGCGCCGGCAGGCUACCAGGAGGGCACAGAUGUCAACUGCUGUGUCCAUUUCCAGGCCUCCUACCUGCCCAAGCCCAGUUCCCAACAGUACCAGUUUGUGUACGUGGAUGGGAAGGGAGAGGUGUGCUCUGCCAGCCCCCAGUUUACCUUCAGUGCCCCCAAGCCUCUGGAAGACCUGGUCACCCUGGAGGAAGGAGCCCACGGAGAGGAGGGAGGGACUGACAUGCUGCUGGUUGUACCCAGGGCUGAGCUACUGCAGAGUCGCCUGCAAGAGUGUCUGCGUGAGCGGGCCGAAUUGAUCCAUGCGCGGGAGGGGGCAGAGAGGAUGAAGCAGAGAGAGAAGGAGAAGUACGGGAAGGCGAGAGAGGCUUGGGACAGAGGACGUGAGCAGCUGGAGAGGAACAUCUCUGAGCUGAAGGAAGAGCUGCAAGAGAGCAGAGACAGGAUGGAAGAGAUGGAGAGGAGGCAGGAGCAGGUGGAGGCGUCAGGGGAGGCCUUGGCUCAGGAGAAGAGUUCCAUACUGGCCAAGAAAGCAGCCAACAAACAGCGAAUCAGAGAGCUGGAGGAUGACAUUAAAGCGCUAACUCUGAAAGCUGUGGAACGAGAGACUGAGCUGGAGAGGAUGAAGGAGAGGGACAAAAAGCAAGCAGUUCAAAUGAUGGAGGAUGAGAAAGAGAGGAAAGUUCUGCAGAUCAAGCUGGAGCAGACCGAGGGGGAACUGCGGAGCCUGUCUGCUGAGUUCCAGGGUCUGAGGAGCUCCCUGGCCCAGAGAGACACACAUGCCCUGCAGCUACGGGAUACCAUCACCACCCUCACACACAGACUCAACAUGGCACAGAGGAAAGAGGUGGAGAGCGAGGCCUCCCUGGCUGAGAUGUGGGGCCUGCGGGAGCAUCAGGGGGCCAGCGAGCGUGGUACAGAGGGCCUGAAGGAAGAGCUGUGUGCUCUGGUGGCCCAGAGGGACCAGGGCCAGACAGAGCUGCACCAGGCCAGGCUCCAGGCGGCACAGCUCACCCUGCAGCUAGCUGACGCCAACCUGACUCUGAGGGAAGGCAGAGCACACUGGGCCCAGGAGAGACAGAGCCUGCAGCGUACCACUUCGAAGGACAGAGAGCGUCUGGAGAAGCUGAUUGGAGAGAUGCAGCGGAUUGAGGAGAAGCUUCAGGAGGAGAGGAUGGAGAGAAAGAAGGUGGAAGUGGAGCUGGGAAGAGAGAAGGACUGUAACCGGGUGCAGCUGAGUGAGACACGCAGGGAGCUCCAGGAGCUGAAGGCCAGUCUGAGGGUGGCCCAGAAGGAGAAGGAAGAGCUGCUGCUGGAGAAACAGGACCUGAUGGAGUACAUGCAUCAGGUGGAACAGAGGAUGGAGGCUGUGGCAGACGCCAAUUGGAGCGCUGCAGUGUUCGCCCCCACCAGUCUCCCUGACAGUUCUCUGUCUGACUCUGAGGAUGAAAACCCUGAGGCCCUGCAGCCCCCCCGCCAGACCUCUCUGUCCUCCCGCCCUCUGGCCCACUACAGCCUGUGUGACCCCCAGGCCCAGCCUGACUCCCUGCUCCCCUCCACCCCCCCUUCCUCCCCCAGGGAUAUCUCAAGGCCCCUCUCCCGAGGGGGCGUAGUCAUCAGCCAGCCCGCCCCCCUUUCGUUGCCAAGGCAAUCAGAAGAUACCCUGACACACAGCUCUGAGUCGGAGGAGGAGGGUGACACAGCCCUAUGUGGAGGACACAGCUCUGGAGACGAGACAGCUCUGCUGCUGCCUGAGACCACUGUCCUCAGUGACCUGGCUGAUACCUCUCAGUGGUAGAAUGGCGAUGCAGGAUCAGAUCUACACCAGCACUGGCUGUUUGGCCAUUACUUUAACUUGCCAUUCAGCACACAAGCACACGCACUACAACUCACCUCUACUCUUGACAAACUAUGUUAAUAUGCAAUUUGCUUUUACAUUUUAUAUGAACUCUUUCUUUGACGUAUGACUAUAAGGCUGUUGUGUUGCCCCCAUUAUACUUAACCUGGUCUUAAGAAUGACAUAAUACCUGUCGUAAUAGCUCAAAUCGUAGUUACGACCUGACAUAGGACUGUUAUAAAGCGUAAAACAUUUGACAUUUUAAAGGGUUAAUUCGAUUUGAAAUAGUAAUGUUUUAUAACAGGGUUAUUUCAGUUGCAGGAGGAGUUGAUGUUGUGAACUUUAUGGAUUGUGUCACUUUAUGAGACAUCAUGACAGGUCACUAAUUAACAUAAGUCAGUUAUUGAAGGCACCCUCUCUGAUUUCAGUCAAGCCAGAAAGAAAUACUGUAUAAUUGUUUCAACGUUUCGUCUCCUAGAAAAGAACGAUGAAGAACAUUGCAUUUAUUUGUUACAGUAUAUUCAUAGUAGUCUGGUUGAGUCAGUCUGGUUGAGUCAGUCUGGUUGAGUCAGUCUGGUUGAUUAGGCUGUAUUCACAGUUCUCUCCAUUUAAAACUUUUCUGUCUGCACAGCAAACUUUUACCUCUUCAGAAUACUGUAAUUCUAGUUAUUGAAACACACUACAACUAUAUUAGAAGAAUCAUUGUAAAGUACUGACACAUAACAUGAUUUUCCUCAUAUUCAAACCUAAGAUUUUAUAUUAUAAGCACUUUCUGUUCUUCAUUAUUAUUUGAUUCUUGCUUCAUUAAUGCUGUCCUAGUUGAGAGGAUAAUUACAGACAGAGAAGCAUCUGAAAUGGGAAAAACGGUUGGGGGAAGUUAUAGAGAGAUUCAUCAAGAUGAAUGGUAGUUAGAGUGGUCGGAGUGACAUUUUAAUGUUCUCUCAUGUUUUUAUUAAUCUCAUAAUACAUUCUAUCCUCAUCUACAUAAAGCUAUUGCUCCUGCAGGCUGGUAGCUGUAGAGUCCCUGCAAUAAGAGCAUACAUCAUACCACAUUUUAACCUUAAAUCAGUGUUUGGUUUUAAAGCUAAAUCAAUGUAUUUGUUAUAGAAGAAGUAUUUCUAGAUGAUCAGUUUUAUUAGACUAGACGUACUGUACAUGGUAUGCUCAAAGCUCUGCUUUAGAGUGAUGCAGUUCUACAUUUGUGCCUAAAUAACAAAUUGGGAAAUGAAUAGUCUCUUCUUCAGCCAAGCAUCAUCAGUCUGGCAAACAAGACAUGUAAACUAAGGAAUCUCAUGAUAACAUCAUGUAAUUUAUAGAUACAGAUGUUACAAGACUUGUAAACUAAGGAAUCUCAUGAUAACAUCAUGUAAUUUAUAGAUACAGAUGUUUCAAGACUUGUAAACUAAGGAAUCUCAUGAUAACAUCAUGUAAUUUAUAGAUACAGAUGUUACAAGACUUGUAAACUACGGAAUCUCAUGAUAACAUCAUGUAAUUUAUAGAUACAGAUGUUACAAGACUUGUAAACUAAGGAAUCUCAUGAUAACAUCAUGUAAUUUAUAGAUUCAGAUGUUACAAGACUUGUAAACUAAGGAAUCUCAUGAUAACAUCAUGUAAUUUAUAGAUUCAGAUGUUACAAGACUUGUAAACUAAGGAAUCUCAUGAUAACAUCAUGUAAUUUAUAGAUUCAGAUGUUAAAGACUUGAUGGAAGGUUUGCCAGGAAAAUAUUAUUAGUACUGGUUUAAUAACACUAUAUUUUUCAUGAUUUUCAACCAAUACUCAACUUUAGUUAUAUCGUAAUGAAGUUAUGUUCUGGUUUAGUUUAAGCUAAUGACAUCUGAUAAGAAGAGAAUACUAAAGCUAGGUCAUUUAAAGGGGCAAUCUGCCAUUGUUGUUGUUUGAACUGCAGAUUGCCCCCUUUAAGAAAGAAUAAGGUGCUAGGGACACUUUUUGCUUGGUAUAUUUGUAAUUUGCUCUAUUUGCACCAGUUUUUUUGCAGUAAGAGAUGUUUUGGGGGCUACAUUGCUAUUUUAUAUUUACACUUGGAUACUCCUUAUUAAUCCAGUCUGUUAUUAUCAUAAUCAUUACCAUAGUGUUUUGUUUACUCUUUUAUUUUUAUUUCUCUGAUUUUCUUUCUGAAAGUAAAUGUAACCUCUCACAACUAUCUGAUAAGGUUUGAAAUGUUAGUCCAACGGGUCGAGAUAUUGAUUCUACUGUAUAGGACAUCACUGUGUUCCUUCACACAGAGGUGUAGCUGUAGUGAAAGUGUGACAUCUGUCACAUAUACAGAGCCUUCAGAAAGUAUUCACACCCCUUGACUUAUUCCACAUUUAGUUGUGUUACAGUCUGAAUUCAAAAUGGAUGAAAUAUAUGUUUUCUCUCAACCAUUUACACACAAUAUGCCAUAACGAAAAAGUCAACACAUGCUUUUCUUUGCACAUUUAUUAAAAAUAAAAUACAGAAAUGCACUGUAAUUCAACUGUGAUGGACAUCAUUGAAGGCUGUGCUUCAGAGGGUUUCGGAGUACCCCUCUUUGUCUCUACACCCUUUCAGCUCUACCUCUAGUGUAAUCUAGUACUUACAUCUCUAUUAGCUACUGUGGGUGGGUACAUCCUGGUAUGUGCACUCAAAGUUGCGUAGCACUGAGAUCUAUCCUUUUUGUUGACGUCAUUUUAGAUUUCUGUGGGAGUUCUAUUCUUUGUCUACUGUGAGCUACAUGAGUGUAUGCUGUAACUUCCUUCCAGGAUACCUACCUACUCUCAUUGCUAUACGGCUCCAGUGGUUUGCUGGUGUGUAUGAUGUUUUGUUUGUGGAGGUCAUCUUACCUAUUUAAAAAAUGUAUAUUCUUUGGUAUUUAUAUAUAGGGUCAUUAAGCGUGUGGAUUCGUUUCUGUAAUAAUAAUUAAAAAAACAGAUCUGUAUCAA